AUGGAACAAUCACUUCAACGCUUCAACGGAAUGUCUCCGACGGAACAACCAGACAACCACCGCCGCCACAAAAAGACUCCACCAUCCACCACAGCAACAAACAAAACCGGCAGCACAAUACGAUACCGCGGAGUCCGACGCCGACCAUGGGGCCGUUACGCAGCCGAAAUACGAGACCCACACUCCAAAGAACGCCGCUGGCUUGGUACCUUCGAUACAGCGGAACAAGCCGCGUGCGCGUACGACUGCGCCGCCAUAUCCAUGCGCGGUUCUAAAGCCAGAACCAAUUUCUUUAACCCCGAAACCGAAAUCACCGAACAACAACAUCAUCAUCAACAACAACAUCAUCAACAACAGCAACAUUGCUUUUUUCAGUCUUUCAAUACUCCAAAACAGCAACAACUUCAACACCGCCAUAUUAGCAAGUUCAACGGUGGUGAUUAUCUUAACCACACCUCUUUUGUUCCUUCCCUUGUUCAACAUUUUCCGAACAAAACAAAUAACACUAUUUCUUCUUCUUCGGCUUCAGCUUCGGUUUCAGUUUCAUCUUCUAUUGUUAACGUCGCUGAAAACGUUAUCGAAGAGGACUCAGAUUUUUUUCCGAGAGAAUCUUCUGGCUUGUUGGAAGAGAUUGUUCAUAAGUUUAUGAAAACUUCGAAAACAACAAACAACGAAAACAAGAUGAAAACUGAAACUUUUGCUCGUUCAGUUUCUCAACCUAUAAUAUCUCGUCAUCAUAACACGGUUCCUGAGAAAGAGGGUUUUGGUUCUGUUUCUUUGGAUCAAGUUCAACAUCAAGGUUUUCCAAUGCAACAGUUUGAGAGUUUUGAUAACGGGUUUAACUUUAAUAACAAUGUGGCUAUGUUUGUUGGGGAAAAUCAUCAUGCUGCAGAGUGUUCUAUCAUGGAAGAUGUUUUGUACUAUCCUGAACUUUUUCAUUCUUUUGCUACUAGGAUGCAAAAUGCUUAA